AUGGAUUCACAUAAUAACAUUGACCAAUCUGUAUCAGAAUUGCUUCUGGAUCCAGCAUCAGUACAACAGCUGUAUAAUUCACAACUACGAGGUCCAGAAUUCGAUCAACAACGACAGAUCCGCAAUCAGGUGCUGCCAUUUAAUAAGAUGACUGACACCAUAGAUAAUGACAAUAUACCUCUAUCGAGUGACUAUGACAAGCUAUAUCAACAGUUCAGUAUUCCAUCUCAACAACAAUAUGAAAAUAAUUCUGAUAAUGUAUACAAAACAAAUAAUGAUUUGGCAGCAUUGGCAUCACCAUUAAAUAUGGAUCUUGAUUUGGCUCCAUCAGACCAGCAACAACAACCGCAACAAUCACAGCAGCAAUUUUUAAACGAUUUCUCCAAUUUGCAACCUCAUUUAAAUAAUUCACAAGAACAAGUUCAGCUAAACGGUUUGACAAGUAAUAUCCUAUCUAAUCCACAGAUUACGGUUAAUAUGCCGGGGGCUUAUCAUCAGAAUUAUAAUUGUGACCAGAUGGAAAUUGACGACUCACCCCCUUUCACAAUUGAACUGGACUUAUAUUUUGAGCAACAGACAGAUAAUAAUUCAAUAGUAACCAGUAAUCGGGUACACAACCAACCAGACGUCGAGUCUAUGUUCAAUAACCAAUUAUCAGUGCCCAGUCUACAGCGUACGGAAUUACUGCCACAGCAACAUGAAACAAAUGUGACAACUGGUCGUCCCCAAGAAUCUGCAUUUGGCUCAUUUGAUAACAAUUCGCGUGUCUCGUCAUUCGCAAAUGUAAAUAAUGCCGGUACAAAUUUGUUUGUCAACGGAAAAGAUUUGUACUUUGAUGAUGAAAGCCAUCACCGAACUGGGAGAUUACGGAAUGGCUCUAUUGACAGUUAUUAUGCUGCUAAUGUAAUCAACCAUCAAUUACAUUUGCAACAACAAACACAGGCCCAGGCCCAAGCCCAUCAGCAACAACAACAACAACUGCAACAGCAACACUCUCCACAGGACCUUGCAUCCCACACUAGUUUACCAAGCAAAUCAAUAUAUAAUGAAUUAUCACCAUUGACAACCACCACCUCAAGAGCUUCUUCAAUUCAGUCUGGUCAGCCAUCAUUUUUUUCUGCGCAACAAUAUUUCAGCAGAAACUCAAUGGAUCAAGUGCCCUCCUCAUUACACCGUCCGUCUUUUGAUUUGUAUAAUCAUCGUCCAUCAAUAGAUAGUCAACAUUCGCAACAACUGCAGCAGAGAAAUGCCCGUUAUACAAGUUUCACAAGUUCAAUAAGUAAUAUUUUACCAUUUAUGAGUGAAAAGAACACCAACCACAAUAAUAGGUCUCCACCUACACCCCCUACUUCCACUUCGUCACCACAGAAUUUGUUAAGCUCCAAUCAAUCAAGGCAUUUGAUUAGAAGUAUAUUUAAGACCAAUCCAACCCCUAUUGUAUCUGAUGCAGGUAAUUCUAAUGGUAACAUUGUUAAUGGUGGAUCAGGAACAAUCGAUGCUGAAAAUUUGCCUGACGCUCCAUAUGCAAGUGGUACUAUUAAUGAUUCUGAGUUUUUAAUUUUGUCAAGUCCGACUAAAGAAGAACCAGAAGAUGAAUUAAUGCAACCAAAAAAAGUUAAAAAACCGAAAAGAAGUUUGUUUACACGAUUCAAGACACCAGUUAAACAGGAGCAACCGGAUCUGGAAAUGGCCGUGUCUGCUCCUGUAGACGAGCUCAAACCAGAUGAAACUGUUAUUGACAUGGUUGGUAAUAUUUCUCUGCACCAUUCAAGUGGUACUCCAUCGAUCACUACUGGUGCAGGGGGUAAUACAUUGGAACACUCGAUUUCCGAGUCAUCAUUUCAAGAGCCAGACUAUGCAGCGUUAUUUGAAAAUGUGGGUAAACGGAAGAACAAGAGCUACAGGAAGCCAAAAGGCAAAACUAAGGAGGAAGAGCAACAACAGCAACAACUACCGUUAUCAAGUGGAACAGCUGGUGGUACAUCGAGUAACAAUUCGACUGGUACAGUUGAAAAAACUUUGUUUUUCAAUAAAACUAAAAUCAAGAAAGAACCUGCAAGUGAGCGGUCAUCGCUAUUGGAUAAUGCCAGUGCUGGUAAUGCUAGUGCGUCGUCAUCUGAGGCAUCACUGAUUCAAAAUGCUAUUGGUUCUGAUGAUCAUAAUGGUCCACCAUUGACAUCUGCACCCACUAGCUCCACAUUAGCGAAUGCUUCGAAACGCAUACUUAGUUCUAAAUUGAUACUGAAAAAGAAAUCAACGUCAAAGUUAAAAGAGUAUACUGCUGCAGAAUUGGAAGAUAUGUGUACGGUUUCUUCUUUGGAGACACCAGUAGCCACAAUGAUUUCAAAAGGAAUUGAGGUUGAAGUUGACUUGGCCUCAUUGGAUCUACCUCCUGACACCAAGAUUUUCCCCACGUCUAUUAUCAACAACAAAAACAGAACUAGGGGCCGAAAAGAAAACAAAGAAGCUGAUUUAAGUGACACUUCAAAGAUUUAUUUGUGUAAUUUGUGUCAACGUCGAUUUAAACGUCAUGAGCAUUUGAAACGACACUUUAGAUCUUUGCACACGUUUGAAAAACCAUACAAUUGUGAUAUAUGUCAUAAAAAGUUUAGUCGUUCAGAUAAUCUAAAUCAGCAUUUGAAAAUUCACAAACAAGAAGACGAGAAAGAUUGUGCUGAUGCUGAAACUGGUGUUGGCAUGGAUGAUGCUUCAGGAUAA